AUGUCCGAAGUAGAGGCAUUGCUAUUAGAGGUUGGUAAGGAAAUGGGCCGGACGCCAGAACAGAUGAAGCCUAUCAUCAAUAAGGUUGUUAAUGAAGCAUGGUUCGAUACGAUAGAUUCCUUACGGGCUCUAGACACCGAGGAAUGGGCUGAGCUGAAGUUGCCCAAGAGGUUGGAGAUGGCCCUGCAGGCUAGGCUCCUCUCCCCUAACACCAUCACUAGACCUUCCGCCGCUACCACCACCACACAGAGCAUCUCAUCAUCAUCCACAUCGGGGCAGAGCUCAUCGGUCUCUAGGGAGGCUACUACUACUCCUACCUACACUGAAGUCGAAGUGAUGCCUCCAGCCACCUUCCUACAGAGUGCAGAUAACCUGUUCGAUAUGGCAAGGAAGAUCGAGCAUAGUCGUACCGCGAAGGGCGAAGCGGCAACUGAGACCUUAGCUCUACUCCUACACAUAGUGGAUAAUAUACUAGCACAGCCCUCCAACCCCAAGAGGCGACGGAUAAGGCUCAGUAAUGAUAAGUUCGACCCCGCUGUCGGUAAAUGCACCGCUGCCAUGGACUUCCUGAUGAAUCUCGGCUUCUGUUUGUAUCCAUCGUCGGAGCCUGAGUAUAUAGCCUGCCCAAUAGUAUACAUAUCAAGAUUCACUGAUGCUCACUAUGCCCUUGGUGGGACUAAGGCUUCCUUACCCAACACACCAGGAGUAUUCAAUCCCUUCGUAUCCUCUAUUGGAGCUGCUGGACAAGUGGCAAGUGCCCCGAGGCUCACUGAGAAGGGGCUCGCCGAGAAGGAGGCAUUCGCAAAGGAGUUGGAGCGUCAUAAGGAGCUACUUAAGACAGGUGGGACCAAGCCCGGCACUAUGGACCUCAAUCCUAAGGUGGUGUUCCGGCAAGGCUCGGCUAGUGGUGGCGUGCCUAGGAUAGAGGAUGUUGUGAAAGAGCUCAAUGGACGUAGUGAACUCCUCGACCAGGAUGACGACUUCGAACUUAUUAAAGCCCAACUUAGUAGCCUAAAGGACUCUCUGACCAGCGCCGAUAGAGCCUUCCAGAGUCGAGAGAAGAAGGAGAUGGAGAAGCUGAAGACCAGGACUAUCCACACAGCAUGCGUUGUCCGUGUGGCCUUCCCCGACCGUCUCGUACUACAGCUCCAGUUCCGGCCUGCUGAUACUCUAGCAUCCCUCUACGAUGCAGUGGGCCGCUUCCUCAGCCCAGAGUAUAAGGAAAAGGAAUGGUACUUGUACCAGACACCUCCUAUGCAUAGAAUACACCGUGAUGGCAAGAAGCUGCUGGCUGAUGAGGAUCUAGUCCCGAGUGCACUUAUCAGAUGGGGAUAUGAAGGCUUCUCUGGGACCGUUCAAGGACCUUUUUUGGAGGAGAAGAUGGUGCCCCCACCAGAAGCAGAGGCUCUUGUAGCAGAUGGGGCUGAAGGGGUGAGUGAGGAGGAUAGGAAGAGGUAUAGGAAGGAGAGGACUAAAGGGAUCUUGUCCAAGUUCAAGACCAACAAGGUAGACUAA